UGCGGCGGCGCCGGCGGCGGGACCGGCCCCGGUGGGCCCCGGUGAAGCAGCUUUGUCUUGCUCUGCUGCAGGUAACCACCACUCCCAGCGAGGCAGCAGCUCCUCCUGAGGAAUUAAGGAAAAUGCUGAGAAGUCUGAAAGGACUCGUCUGUCGCUCUCUGAAGCUGGACCGUGGCUGUGCCCUCCACACGGCAGCCAGGGAUGGGCUGAGCUCGGUGUCCAGCCAGGAUGUCCCGGCAGAGAGGCCCCGAGCAGUUUUCCACACCAGCGAGAGCGACCCGGCCAAGCACACGGAGCAGCACGAGGCUCGUCUGUACAACAUCCCCCUGGAGGAGGUGAAGGCUGUGUUCCCCCACGGGCUGCCCCACCGCUUCCAGCAGCAGAUCCGGACCUUCAACGAGGCGCGUGUGAUGGUGCGGAAGCCGGCGCUCGAGCUCCUCACUUACCUGAGGGGCUCCAACUUCGCCCACCCUGCUGUCAGAUAUGUGAUCUAUGGUGAGAGGGGAACAGGGAAGACCAUGACCCUGUGCCAUGUGCUUCACUACUGCUCGAGGCAGGGCUGGCUGGUGCUGCACAUCCCGGAUGCUCAUCUCUGGGUGAAGAACUGCAAGGAGCUUUUGCAGUCUUCCUACAAGAAAGACCGCCUGGAUCAGCCUCUGCAGGCUUCUGUCUGGCUCAAGAACUUCAAAACCUCCAAUGAACGUUUCCUGCAAGAGAUAAAAACACAAAAAAAAUACAUGUGGGGCAAACAAGAAAGCACAGAGGAGGGCAGACCUUUGGGGGAAGUGGUGGAGCAGGGUCUGGCUCGUGUCAGGAGUGCCACUGAUGCCGUGGGGGUGGUGCUGAGGGAGAUCAAGCAGCAGAGUCACCGCAGCUCCUUCCGGCUCCUCGUGGCCGUGGACGGCGUCAACGCGCUCUGGGGACGGACCACGCUGAGGAAGGAGGACAAGAGCCCUGUUUCUCCAGAGGAGCUGACGCUCGUGCACAACCUGCGGAAGAUGCUGAGGAACGACUGGAGUGGAGGUGCCAUCGUGACCACCCUCAGCCAGACUGGCUCACUCUUCAAACCCAGCUCAGCCUACACUCCCCAGGAGUUGUUGGGAAAGGAGGGGUUUGACGCCUUGGACCCCUUUGUGCCCAUCUCGGUCCCCAACUACAGCCCGAGGGAGUUCGAGAGCUGCUACGGCUACUACCUGGAGCGCAAGUGGCUGCAGCACGAGAAAGCGCACACGGAGGACGGGAAGGCGGAGCUGCAGUUCCUGAGCGGCUUCAACCCUCGGCAGCUGGACCGGCUGGCGGGGCCCUUAUAGCGCAAUAAAGGCUCGGUUCCCUC